AUGGGGUCGCGGGAGCCGUGCCGCCGGCUGGAGGCGGUGCUCGGCGCUCUCUACGACCUGGGUGAGGAGCCCGGUGCUCGGGACGCCGCGGAGGACAGCGAGGCGAGUGCAGGGGCGGCGGCGGAGGAGAGCCGCGGACCGCAGCCGGCGGCGGGCAGUGCCGGCGGGGAGGCGGGCGGCCGGCGCGGAGCCCGCGACUUUUUCGGGGAGCUGCGGGCUGAGCUGGGCGCUGUCGCCGUCCCGCCGCCCCCCGCCGCGCCGCCGGCCGUGGAGGUCGUGGUGUUUCGCGGGAGGAAGAGGAAGGGGCGGCCCAGCCCCUCGGCAGCACCCACCGGCGGUGCCCAGACCAAAAUAUUGGAUGAAGAGAAAAAUGUGAACGAACAAGAAUUUAACUUCGAAAAAGCUCGUCUGGAAGUGCACAAGUUUGGAAUCACUGGCUACAAGAAGCAGGAACAACGCGUAUGGGAACAGGAGCGUGCUAUCAUGCUGGGAGCCAAGCCCCCCAAAAAGGAACAUGUGAACUACAAGACUUACCAAGAGAAAAUGAAGGAGAAAAAAACAGCAAAGGAUGAUGAUAAGGGAAAGGAACAUAAAGGUGAUUCUCUUAAGAAGAAAAAGAAAGAACAGAAGGAGAGGAAGGCCAAAAGGAAGAAAUCAGUGCCUAGCAUUUGGCCUGCAGGACAAGUUGGAAAAUUCAGAGAUGGGACCUUGAUUCUGCAAAGCUAUGACAUAAAGAAAAUUAAAUCAUCUAAAGUUAUCAAAUGAACUUAUGAUACAGAGUGAAAUGGACAAUACGCAUAAGAUAGAAUUCACGUUGCUGCCAACACAGAUUUAUGGAGCCUUUUGCCUUCCCACCAUAUCCUUUUUUUUUUUUACCUUAUUUGUUGUUGCAGGAUUUUCUAUAUUCCAUUCUGCCUUGGGAAGAAUAUAAGAAUUUACCAUUUCGUAAAUAAAAAUAAGACUUUUUAUUAAGAAUGUUA